AUGCCACCAGUCCAGGAGAGGAAGCCAGUAAAGGACCUGCAGAAGGUCUUUCACUAUACUGAUACCAUGUCACGCAAGCCCACACGGGAAAACGAUCCAUAUGAGUAUAAUCCCGGAUUCGGCAACAGACACCAGUCGGAGGUUAUACCCGGAACUCUGCCGGCAGGACAGAAUAAUCCCCAAGAAGCGCGCUUUGGCUUGUACACCGAAGGAAUUACAUACUCGGCUUUCGGGGCGCCUCGUGCAGCGAAUUUUAGCACGUACAUGUACCGAGUGCGGCCUGCUGCUGCUCAUAAUGGCUACAAAGCCAACAUUCCCCACAGAUCAGACAUCGAGAAUUGUUUCUUGACUCUCAACCCGAAAGUUUCGACAUUAGCAGAGCAAGGCGAAUGGGCCCCCUUUCCGUUGCCCAAGGACGACGAGAGAAUCGACUUUGUUGAUGGCUUACACACACUUGGAGGAAGCGGCGACCCCAAUCUGCGCGAGGGCGUUGCCCUGUACGUCUUCAUGAUCAAUUCGGACAUGGAGCACCGCGCAUUUUGCAAUACCGACGGAGAUUUCCUCAUCGUCGCCCAGCUGGGUAACUUGGACAUUCAAACUGAGUUAGGCAGGCUAUUUGUCCAACCUGGUGAAAUUUGCGUGGUUCCUCGCGGAAUCCGCUUUGCAGUUCGUCGAGGUCUCGGUCACAGCGUUGCUCGAGGCUAUAUCACUGAGAUCUGGGGAUCCAGUUGGGUAUUACCAGACUUGGGCCCAUUAGGUGGACAUGGUCUGGCGAAUCCUCGCGAUUUCCUGCAUCCAGUGGCGUAUAUUGAUGACGAUUUACAUAAGGAUUGGUCAAUUGUGAACAAGGCAAAUGGAUUGUAUCAUGCCAUUGAGCAGGACCAUAGUCCAUUUGACGUGGUUGCGUGGCACGGAAAUGUCGUCCCGUAUAAGUACGAUCUAACGAAAUUUUCGAGCCAAAAUGCGACCUCAAUCGAUCACACUGAUCCCUCUGUCAAUGUUGUCCUGACGGCCCCCUCUCGGGACCCUGUCACUCCACUAGUUGACUUUUUGUGGUUCGGUCCACGGUGGGAUGUCGCGUCGAACACCUUCCGUCUACCGUACUUCCACCGGAACUCGGCGACCGAGUUCCUGGCCAGCCUAUACGGCAACGGUCUUGGACGAUCUGAUGACUUCCUUCCGGGUGGCGGAAGUGUUGAAAUCAGCCAUACCCCGCAUGGUAACUUCAACGAAGCAUACGUGUAUGAAAUGAGGAACCAAGUGAAUGAGCCUCGCAAGAUUCUCGAGAACCAAAUGACCAUUAUGAUCGAGAGCAGUCGAUCGUUCCUGUUCACCGAGUAUGCACGCGCUGGCUGCGGGACCUUCAAGAACCAGGGCACAGAUCCGAAAGUGUGGGAUGCUUUGCCGGACAAAUUUUCCUCAUAUCCAAACAUUCAGGAGAUCCUUAAACAAGUCAGAUCCGACAACGAGGCUCGGAAGCAGCGGUUGGAAGCGUAUUAUGACGAUGACCUGCUGGCUCAGCUUGUGCGUCAUUAA